AUGGAGCAGAGCGACCCACAAGUCCACAUCAUAGGCCAUGAGGGGCUCGAACAUCACGGCGCGAUUCAUCAUCACCAAGCCCUCCACCACCUCAAUCACGCGCAUGUGUCUCACGCCACAUCGCUCCACCACGCCACGCACCAUCAUGGCACCCUCCAGGAGCCGCUCCCGACGGUCGAGGUGGAUCAGACGGGGUCGGCACAGGGAUUGCCGGGGCUACCGCCCUCGAUACUCUCUCUUUCCUACUACAGCACCGCAGCUUCCUCGGGUGCCGACGGCAGCGGAGGAGGGGCCGGCGGAGGAAGUGGAGAUCACACCGGGGUCCCGGGAGGCUCGCUCGGGGCCGUAGUCGGAGAUGGCCACGGCGGAGAGGGGGCUGCCGGUGGUGGUGGCGGUGGUGUCAACCACGACCACAACCACGACCACGACCACGACCACAACCACAACCACAUGGCGGUGGGCACCCCGCCUGCCACGCGCAAGAGAGGGCGACCGCGGAAGCCCCCCACCCCAUACAACUGCGCCUUCGUCGGGUGCCAGAAGCAAAUCACCAAGCGUCGAUUCUGUGCCGCCCACCAGAAGCGACGCGAACGCGCCCGCAAGAAGGCCCAGCAGCAGCAAAUCCAGGGCCAACCGACAGGUGUGGGCGAAGAUCAGCAGGCGUUGCUCGCCAACCUUCCGCCACUACCUCCGAUGCUGCAGGAAGCGGCCGUCGCAGGCCCGCCUCUCAUGAUGCCCUUCCAGCUGCAGAUGAUGGCCGAACUCAGCAAACAGCAGCAAUCCUAUGAACAGCAGGGGUAUGACGGCCAACACCACGCGGUGGCUCAGCAGGGCUACGAAACACACGGUCACGACCAACCCGCGUAUGACAUCGCACAACAGGCUUACGAGCAGCAGGUCGGUUACACCACCCAACAGGAGGAGAGCUAUGAGGAAACCUUCGCGGUGCGCAAGAGGAAGCGCGAGGAUGAAGAGGGCGGGGACACGUCACCCGAGAUCAUUGCACAAACCGACGAGCAGCACAUGCCAGGGGUGCACCACCACCACCACCACCAUCACCACCACGAUACCCGAGUCGGCGACCAGCAGGGCGAAGCUUCCCACAGCUCGGAGCUGCUGUCGCAAGAAGAGCAAGUGCGACACGCCGAGCAAGACCGCGCGCAAUCGAAUGGAGGGCCGGAACAACCGCACCAGGAACAACAGCACCAGGAGGAGGAGCACUGGAGCGCAACCACUCUGGUGGUCGGGCAGGAGCCGCCCUUGCCCCACGACCACGCCCAUCAUCAUCAUCAUCACCACCACCACCACGCCCAUCACCAUCACCAUCACCAGCUGGAGCACGAGUUGGCACACGAGCACGAGGCGCAACCGCAGCCGAUGGAGUUCCAAGUCGUCGAGGGUGAAGAGGAGAAUCCACACCUGCCACCACAGCAGGCCGAUGUAAGCAAGAGCCAUCUACCAAGGGGCGGGCAACCCGAGCCAGAUCCCGAGGGGCAAGAAGCAAGGUGGGUUUGA